GAAUGGAUCCAGCAAGAUCUGGUAGGGGGGAGGUUGCUCUGCCAGCUCUGGUGCCGAGUUGUGUCGGUCAUGUGUGCCGCCCGCCCAUCAACUUGCUCCACUACCGUGUAUAUUUGUAACCAAUAUUUGUAAUUGUUGUUCACAGUUCGCUUAUCAUCAUAUUAUUACUCAAAUUACUGUAACUCAUUUUAUCUCUAAUAAUUUUUUGCUUUAUCAAGUCAUGAAAAAUAGCACCCUCCUGCACCACGUCUGGCCAGGGCUAGGGGGGGGGGGGGUUGUUUUCAGUGUUGGCAGAGGAGGCAGCUGAUAUAUCCAUCAAAGAGCAGCUUUCCUUAGUCCUACGAUUUGUCGAUUCAAGUCAGCAGAUUCGAGAGGAGUUUGUUGGUUUCUACCAUUGUGAAGAUGGAACCAGUGGAGUGGCAUUGAAAGAGAUGGCUGACCUUGGUUUACCAAUGGCUAACUGCAGAGGUCAAUCAUAUGAUGGUGCUGGCAAUAUGGCGGGAAAGUAAAAUGGUGUUUCGUCACUUAUCCAAGGUCAGUUUAGCAAAGCUUUAUAUGUUCAUUGCAUGAACCACCGCCUCAAUCUCUGUGUUGCCGAUACUUGCUCUGAAUAUUUAGUUUAAGACAUGAUGUCUGUUGUUAGGAGUCUUUCCUCUUUCUUCUCUGGCUCUCCUAAACGGCAACAGCAUUUAAAAGAGAAGGUUAAGUCUUUAUUGCCUGCUUCCAAGCAUGAAGUUUUAAUUAAUGUUUGUGAGACCAGGUGGAUUGCUCGCCUUGAUGGCUUGGAUAGAAUUGUUGAGCUCCUUCUCCCAGUUGUAUGUACGGUAGAAGAUAUUGCACACAAUAGGAAAGGGGGGACGAAGAAUCUAAUUCUGGUGAUUGGAAUCAAAAUAGCAAAGCAACUGCUAAAAAGAUGCUGCUCUCUAUAA